UUUUCGAGCCCGCGGGCCGCGGCGGCCGUGCGCCACGCGGUGCUCCUCGGUCGCUGGGCGCUCCCGAGGUGGGAUGGCACCUAAACGAUGGGAGGGGGGCGCCUGGUUCGGUGGCAACUCAGGGAAGCCUCCCAUGCCAUCUUGUUGGCUCAUGCGAAUCGGCGCGGGUUGACGCUAGAUCGGCGCUAUCUCAUUGCUUGCCAGACGCUUCUCGACGUCAGCGCACUCGAAAGACAGAACUGUGAAGGCACGCGCGGCUCCCAUGAUCUGCUACCGACGCCUAGCACAGCGGGCCGCCAGCGCGAACCUAGCCAGCCAGCUAGUGCCAGUGAGGCAGCCCCGCUCCCGCCUGAAACAAUGAGCGACGCCCCGUGCGUGGCGGCCGCAAUGUAUCCCCUCGACUGUCAGGCCGAGGGCGGAUGCGACAGAGAGCUCGAGCUCGUCUUCGAAUUCGUCCAUAAACUCGCUUGGGAGGAGGAGGAGGAACAUCAGGAGCACAAGAGGAGGGAUGAGGAGGGGGAGGGCCAGGUCGCGGCCCCUGCACAGUGCUCCCGGUGGCCAGGCCGCGCGCCGCUCCGCCAAAGCGAGGCCCCUGGUGCGAGACGCCUCUGCACGACUCGGGGCCGCCGGGGAAGCAGCACUAAAACUCUUAAACGUCUUCAAACUGCCUUUACUCACCGGGGCGGCGGGGUCCGUGCGCAGCCACCGCCGCCGGCCGGGCCCACCUCCUGGACCGCGGAGCGGCGAGCACGCAGAGGCCUCCCACGCAGUGGGGCCCGCGUAGGGCUGGGCUCGGAGGACCGCGCCGCGAUCCCCCGACCCCGGCGCUGCUGCGGCCCGCUGCGGGCGGCCUGAGGGCCGCCCUGGCUCGGCCGGGGCGGCCGAGCACCGCUCCAGGGUCCGGGCAGUCGAGCAAGG